CUUUGAUAAAGUCGUACUGGAGAGAGUGUAAGUUCGGGUUCCAAUUUCUCCACCAGUAUGUUAUAUGGAACCCAAAGCUAGAAUCUCGCCAGUACGCCUGUACAUACAUAUGAACUGAUUUUGACGAUUGUGUGUUGUGUUGAAUAAUAGUGAUCCGGCCGCAAGACAUUGUCGUCAUUGAACCACUCGAUGAAUUUAGAAAUAGUGAAUUGUUCAAACCCUCCAUGGAUGGAAAUACUAGGAUAUCUUGUUAUAACGGCGACCGUAACCUUAUAAAUUUAAUUAAAUGGAUGAAGACAAUUGCAAAAAAAUGAGAGGACGCACCCGUGGAAGAGGCCGGGGCCGAACCAGAGGCAAAGUUAGAGGUCGCGCGAGAAAAACUGUCAAGAUAAUUGAGAGUGAUGAAGAAGAUAAUGUUGAACAGCAUGAAGAGAGUCAAAUAGAUAAUGGUGAUGCCGCCACUACUUUGAAAUCUAGUUCAGAAGAUCAACAACAACAGACCGUUACCGAGCAUCAAUUCGAUUUGGAAGCAGAUAUUUCGCAAUUAGAAGCUCCCACCUUUACGACCAUUAAUCGAGGACCUCCAGAACCAAUGCUGAGACUUCGAUGGGAUCAUCGAGUCAAUCUUAUUGGUGAAAAAGUUCUGAACCCAAUGAUUCACUGCUGCGACAAGUGCCUCAAACCGAUCCUGAUUUAUGGACGAAUGAUUCCGUGUAAACAUGUUUUUUGUCUAUCUUGUGGUAAACGAGAAGAUAAAAUAUGUCCCAGGUGUGUGGAAAAAGUUUCGAGAGUGGAGCAAACAGGCCUUGGUACCGUUUUCAUGUGUACUCAUGGUGGAACACGCUAUGGAAACGCUGGAUGUCGCAGAACAUAUCUGAGUCAACGAGAUUUACAGGCUCACAUCAAUCACCGCCAUGUAUCAGCUCCGCCUCAAACCGGACAAAGUAUGUCGGUAGAUCCUUUACCACAAUAUGUUCAUUCAAAAUCGGACCUCGAGUCCCCAAUCGGAAAAGUUCCCUCAGGAUCACUGCAACCGAUUAGAGUGAAACAAAUCCAAUCACACAUCGUUCAACCCAUGAUGGGCAAUGACCCAAGAGUCAAUUCAAUGAUCAAUCAGCCAACAAGUGAACAGAGGCAGCAACACCGAUCUCAAAUGGCAACAUUACAAAGUUACAAUCAGAAUUCGGGCUCAACAAAUCAAACAAUGCGGACAAAUUUGAUAACUGUCCCGAUUCAAGAUACAUCAAUAACAAGUGAUAUACAUCCCCCUCAAACCCAUCAUUAUUAUCAAAACCCCCAAAUCAAUUAUGGAUAUAAUGUGCCACCGCCAGUAUCACAGAAUCAGAACUAUUUCCCUACUCCUCAGCACUCUGGUCAGAUUUCUUAUACAGCACAGCAACAGCAACAGUACAUUUCAUCUGUUACGAACAUGCGUCCAUCGCCCAAUGGUUAUGUGCAGGAUACUCCAUAUAACCAACAACAAGUAGCUCCACCUCAAUGGCCACAACAUCAACAACAAUUUUAUAGAUGAACUAGAAAACGGUCUUGACAAUAAGUUCUACAUUCUACCAGCCGCAUAGGAAAACUUUUUUAUUGGUCUUGUCGGUGGUAACGAAGAAAUUGUGCCCAUGGUAUUGCCAAAGUUAUAGAUAAAACGGAUUUCUAGGGCAGACUGAUGGGCACUGUAAUCGAUAAGGAAGCUCUCCGGGAGAAGUUAUACAUUCUUAAAAAUGAAAUUGACUAAAAAUUGAAGUUAUGAAUAAAAUUUUUAGGUUUUGUUUUGCA